ACUACUUACAGAUACUAUUUAUAACUACUUAAACUAAUACUUACAGAUUUAAUUUGUAGUCUUACAAACAGAAUAAAACAAACAAAACAAAAUAAAAUGCAGUGAGUUAUUAUUUCGAUCGAAAUUAAAACAACCUCUGGAUUAAUUGAAGCUAUCAUUAUUAUUCGAAAGCGAGGAGAGUUUUAAGAAAAUAUUAUUAAGUCUGGUUGUAAAAAAAUGCGUUUGGAAAUACCAGAAUGCAGGCGUUGCUGCUGUUGUCUACCGCUAAGACGUGGUGUUCUGGUUUUUGGAUACCUCAAUUUGGUAUUUUCAGUAUUCAUCGUAGUGAUAGAGACACUGGAUGCUUUCGAAGGGGUGUUUCUGAACCACACGGUAAUGUUCAGGGGGGUACAUUUCUACGCCCAUGUGUGGUUUGCUGCCGUACUCUACCUGACUGAAAUAGCGUUUAACAUUGUUCUUCUUGUUGGAGCUCAUAUGAAAAGGACGGAUUUGAUGCGGGCGUACUACUAUUACGGAAUAACAACGACCCUCGCCUCCCUCAUUACGUUCUUCGUGUUGUGGCUGAACUCCGUUAACACUUGUACUGCCUGCUACUGGUCGUUCUACAUCGUACAAACGGGCUUCGUCCUCUGCGGUGUAGGAAUCCAAGUAUAUCUCCUGUUGCUGAUAAGGAGCGAGCUGCUGAAGAUCAGGCAGAACAGCUGCCUCUGCUACGUCAACCAUGCUUCCGAGAUGGUGGUGGACACACCCUUGCAAACUGGACAUAACCCAUUCUAGAAGCAAUACAAUAAUGCUGCAGAUGCAUUGGUCAAUAACAAUUAUUAUACCGUUUUAAUAUUCAAUUUCAAUUGUAUGCUGUGUUUUAUAAUUGGUUGUUAAAUAAAAAAAAAUGUCUAAGUACUUAUUAUUUUG